UCCUCCUGCUCCAUGGCGGCCGCGGCGUCGGGGCCUGAGGCGGGGAAGGGGCGAUGGGCGCUGCCGGGGCUGCUCCGGGAGCACCGGGAUCCCGCAGAAGCGAGGAGACUAAUCAACAGCAUCUUUUAUUUGGUUUAAUUGCCGGUGACGGCGACCAUCGAGAGGAGCAAGCCCCCGCGGCCUCACAAGGGACGUGACGUGAGGCGGCCGGAAGCGGCGGCGCUGAGGGGGAGAGAGGAGGAGGCGGCUCAGCCAUGAAGCCGGCGGUGGAUGAGAUGUUCCCUGAGGGAGCGGGGCCCUACGUGGAUCUCGAUGAGGCAGGGGGAAGCACGGGGCUGCUGAUGGAUUUGGCCGCCAACGAGAAAGCCGUGCACGCCGACUUCUUCAAUGAUUUUGAAGAUCUCUUUGAUGAUGAUGACAUCCAGUGAACUCAGUUGCCCUGUGCAGUGCUGAGAAGCUCAUUUUUCUCGAGGAUCACCCGUGGUGUCCAUUAUUUAUUAAAAAUAAAACCAGAAAAGUCGCAGAGGGUGGGGAAAAACCAUCAGAAGCUGCCUGGGGAGUGUGAAAACCAGAUGGUUCAAGAUAACUGAGGAUAGGAUUGUGGAUUGUUAUUUCUAGGAAGUUAUAUGGAGAUUUUUCUUCUAAAUUUUACUUGCUGAUGUGCUCAUGCAAUAAAACACUGAAAAAAAA